UUCUUCUCUAUUUUAUUUUUUAUUUAAAUAAUAAUUAUCUUCGAAUAUUCGAUCGUCUUUUGUUCGUUUUAGUUUUUAAUUUUAUUGACGUCUUAUGUUCAAGACCGAUCAAAGAAAAUGUUAAGUUUGACGUAUUCCUGGAUUUCAUUAUCCAUUAUUUUAAUAUAAUUAAGAUCAGUUUUUUGAAGGAGAUAAAGAAAAAAAAAAAGAAGAAGAAGAAAAGAGAAAAGAAAUCUUAAUAGUUAAAAUGUCAGAAGAAUUGGACAACGAUGGGACAUUAAAAUCUCACGAAUUUGGUCCACCGAAAUCGUUACAAAAAAUGGAGAAUGCAGACAUCUUGUGGAAAAUGAUAACGAAACGAUUUCCAAAUGCUGCGCCACUUCUUUGCGAGAUGGAAGCUGUUAUUGAUCGUGCGGAUGAUCUUUUACGACAGCUCAGAAAACCUUAUGGAAGAUCAGUUGAAGAUGCUGAAGUUUUUGAAGAUGUAGCAAUCAUGACGAACACAGUCGAAACACAAAUUUCGAAAAGCAGUAUCACCACCGUCGAUACAGAUUUUGACUCCAUUUUGUCUAAUCAACCAUCCUCUUUGAUUGGCCAAAAAUCAAAUAACUCAAAAGACGAUUUAAAAGAGGAAGAAAAUGGAAAGGAAAGUAAUAAAAACGUUGACGAAUGUAAAAGUGAAGAAAACGUACGAAAACAGAUAGAAUCUCCGUCGAAUUCGAAAAAAAUUGUCGAAAAAAUUCAAGAGAAUGAAAAGAAACAUUCUUCGGGAGAUUGGAAUGAGAAUAUAAACGUAGAAAAUCAUUCUUCUACUAUAAACGAUUCAGAAGAGAUGGAAAUCUAUAAAAAUGUUGAAAUAACUGGCAUAUACGAAAGAGAUAAAAUAAUAACAUUCUCUGACGAUGAAAAUAUUAAUAAGAGAACACCAUGGGAUAUUCUCGAGGAAUAUGCUAAUCAAUGUAACAUAAGUAUUGAUUAUCAUUGUGAGAAAAAUAAAUGCAAUCGUUUUGUGAUUAGCGGGAAAUUAUCUGAAUUUUCUGCAACCGGCUGUGGAGAUACAGAAGAUCUGGCUAAAAACAAUAUAGCCAAAAAAAUAUUGCAAAAUAUAGCUGAUCAUCAGAUGAACGACAAAGAGAUGAAACAAUUGUUGGAAUUAUCUCGAGAACAGAUAUUGGAAAUAAUUAAUUUUGGGAACGACGAUACAAUUGAGACGCCUUUAAGAAAAGUUUACAUGCUUUGUAUAAAAAAGGGAGGAUCUGCACCAAGAUACAUAACCGAAAGGGAAUACAAGCAUCAAGGUGUGAAGUGUGUAGCUAAAUGCAUGGCUUUGAAUCAUGUAGUUGAAGGAGAAGGAGUGAGCCGUCAUAAUGCGAAAAAGGCUGCCGCUGAACAAUUUUAUCAAAAAUAUUCCGAUAACGAGAUAUAAGAAACAAAUUUAAGGAUUAAGAAAUGAAAAAAAAAUUUCGAUAAUAACGAAAAAAAAAUAUAAAGAACUGUUCUCGACACAAUUUUCAUGGUAUUUUAGAUACUAUCCAGGGUAAUUUUCCAGUUUUUUUGAACGACCAAUAAUCGUACAAAAGUUUGCCAAUAAUUAAAAAUAUCAGGAAUGCCAAUAUAAUAUUUAAAAUGUCUAAUGGAUAAAUCAAAGAGUUUUCGUCCGAUGAAAUACAAAUUUCUGUUCGAGUCAAGUCACGAAUCUGCGAAGCAAAAAAGGAAAAAAAAAAAGAAGAAAAAAAAGAAUAGAAGAAAACAAUGACAUUUUCUUGACUAAAUAAAAUAUUUCGAUAAAUUAGAUAAAUAAACAAAUAAGUUACCUGUUUGUUUGAAUUCUCAUCGCCUCUGACAGCUGCACACUUGACCUCGUUUAUAUCUCGAACUAAAUUUGUAUACCUAAUCAAUAGAUCCUGUAAUUCAUGGAACAUUGUCGAUAUAUCAAACAUUUCAUUAAGAAGUUUAAUUUUUAAAAGAAAGGAAAAUGAAAAAUAAUAGAAAAUAAUAAUAAUAAUAAUAAUAAUAAUAAUAAUAAAUAACAAUAACGUAGAUCGUAUUACCUGAAAUCCAGGAGUGAAAAGACAAUCGCAUCUCCACGGAUUAUUACCAAGAUAUAAUCUUGCUACACUACCACUUUGAAGCAAAACAUUCUCCAAUGCAUAAGUUGGCACCUAAAGAAUAUAAAUUACGAGAAUUAUAACUUAUUAGCCUAAGAGAUUCAUUAGCAUGUUAAAUAUUAUCAGGUGUUCAAGAAAUCUUGAAAAUAUUCCAAUAUGGCGGCUAAUAAUACAAUACCAGAAUUAAAUAAGGCUAUAUAUAUAUAUACAUACAUACAUUAAAAAAAAAAAAAAAAAAAAAAAAAAAAAAAAAAAAAAAAAAAAAAAGAUAAAUUAUAACGAUAUUUAGUUUGUCUAUAACAGAGAUUCAUUAGCAUGUUAAAUAUUGUCAUCCUUGAAAUAUUUUAACGUAAGAGCUAAUAAUAAAAUUAUCAGAACAAAAUGAAGGCUAUGUAAAAAAAAAAAAAAAAAGAUAACGAAUUUAGGUUCGCCUAGAAAAGAGAUUAAUUGGCGCGUUAAAUAUCGUCAUGUUUUUUCUUUUUUCUUUUUUUUUUUUUUCCCCUAAUAUUUCAACAUAAUAGCUAAUAAAACAACAGAUAAUGAAUGGCCAUACUAAUGAUCUUAAUUUAAUAGUCAAUACAAACGUCUGAGAGUUUAUUUCCACGUAAACUGAAAAGGCGAAAAUGAUCGAGCCAAUAGGAACCAUCCAAUUGUACAAUGGACUCGACUAAAUUGUCAUCUAGAUAAAGAUCCAAAACUUGUUUGUAGACUGGAUUUUUCACUAGAGGUGUCAAAUCCUUUAUCUAAGAUCAUUAAACUCUUAUGA